AUGUCGAGCACAGGCGCAGCUGCUGCUGGCUCCAGCGGCGGUCUCUCGACACUCUCUACCUCCCUCCUGGCUGCUGCGUGUACCGCCGUAGUGGCUGCCGCCAUCUUCGUCGCCGUGGCAUUACGUCGAUAUCUUCAGUCGAGGAAGCGCAAAUCUCUCCUCCUAGCUGCUUCGCCUGCGCCAGCUUCAGCCGCUGCCAUCUACGCACAACAUAUCAAGGCAAAGUCAAUAUCCACCGAGGACAUCAGCGCGCCUCAACUCAGCUUCGCACCCGAACGCGCGCACAAUGCUCAACACGACCUCGCCAAGAUGUCGCUCGCACAAAAGACCGCCUUGACCAUGAGACAGCACAACUUCUUCCCCACGAGGCCUUUCCCCUCGCCGAAGCUUCCCAAGGCUGCUCUCCUGUCACCAAGGAUGCCGCCUACUUUUGCAGCCGAUCUGCCAGCACCCAGAACGCCUCGAACACCAAAAUCGCCAGGCCUAACCGAGCUCACCAUGUCGCCCGGUCCCAGCAUCUUGCUCAAGCCCAUGGCCUACGGAAAGUCUCCGAGGAUCCCGUCUCCUGCUCCAUCCAAGGCCAGCACGGCCGACAAAAAGGAGGAUGCUCCGGAACAGAAGAAGAAGCUCACCCGUAGCGCGGUGCCAUCCAUAUUGCUUCGCAGUCUCGGUGUUCUGCCCGACUUCUCCGCCAACUCUAGCUCGCAAGAGAUGGAAACCCUCGCGGACAUCGAGAUGCAGGCGAGGCAGAAUGCGAAGGAAGCCGAAGAGCCUUCUCUCACACCUAUCCUCGACCUAGGUAUCGAUUUUGGCAACGACGAAUCAUUUGAGCAGUCGCUACAGCUGCGGAGCGACUUUUCUUUCGAUGAACACAGCAAUGCCCUUGGCCUGGCAUCUUCGGCGCCGCCAGCAAACACCGGCAAAGCGCAAAGGCCACAGAUGAGCGCCGGCAUGCAGAGCCUGAUCGAGGCCUUAUCGCCACCUCAGCCAGAGACUGCAACACUGCCAGGCUUCCGAGCGAGCCCUCCUACGAAGAUUUCUGCCUUGCCCUCGUCCGCGUCCACUCGGGCUCACCUGCCAACGCCUCCACCGUCAGCCGGCUUGCCCCCCGCGCCAUCCAGCGCGUCGAUGCACAAGAUGCCCUCGAACACUUCCUUGCAGAGCAAGUCGAGCAAGACUACAACCAACACCGCAGGAUCCUCCGCAGCAGAGACCUUCCACAGCGCAACUGGCUCGAUCGGUCAAAUUUGCAUCGACAUGAGGAACGUCGACGCAGCACCAUCUCAGCAUCUCGGUGUGGAAGAGGAAAAUGCGACGUUGGCCUACCGCCCUUUGAGUCUCGGUCUCGGCCCAGCAAAAAGUCCAUCACAGAACACGUUCACCAACAUGCUGAACGGCCUGCGUCGGCCGUCGAAGAGUUCAGAGGUCGACCUCGAAGCAGGCACCGCCUCCAUCGACGAGUCUUCACUCACCAGCCGAUCCUACUCGAGCGAUGCCAUGUCACACAGCUCUUCGCAGACCAGCGUCGACGAGGCCAACACAAGCUUCGGCAAGGCCAACAUUGUGCCUGCUGCCUCGGUUCCUCCUCUCCCGCCGAUGCCUGUCUCUGUCCUCAAGGUGUCUCAAGACAAGACGCCCAAGGCAAGCUUCCCAGCUGUGUUUGCGGAUGAAGAGUCCGAAGCAGUCACUUCCGUUCAGAUGCGCAAGAGGGCUUCGACACUGGGCGCACUCGACCGACCUAAACUCAACAUGGCUGGUUUGAUGCAUCCUCGCGCUGCACCUUUGCCGCCCUCGGACGGCAUGCCUGCCCGAGGAGCAAGCACAAGCAUCAAAGUCGAGUCGGUCGAAGUCAACCGCGCCAGCCUCAUGAACCUCAAAGCCAAGUCGAGCGACCACUUGCCUCUCGCAGGCACGAGCAAGGCCGCUGGAAUGAACUUCAAGAGCCCCUACCACCGAGCUCUUAUUCCCGACCCUCCCGUCGACGGCGCUCACCUCUCUCCUGGUCUCGGGGCAGACAGUCCUAUCCUCGCACAGCUCAGCCCAAAGAUGCGCGGCGCUUCGCCUUCCCUCAGUCCUAAGCCUAGCUUUUCAGAGUCUCUCAAGGCUAGGUUGAGCCUCUCUCGCAAGUCGCUGACUAGCUCUCCCGGUCUCGCUUCCAGGAGCAGCACGCCUCUCAGCACUCUCAACCAUUUCCCCAAGCCCGACGGUGAUGGCUUGCAAAUCUUUGCUGACGGCGAAACCAUGGACGUCGCUGCUGGUGGGGACGCGACACCCAGAUUGAAGCCUAGCAAGCCCGCCAAGGCAGCCACGCGACCUUCUACCAGUCCCCUCUUGGGUCAACAGACGAACGGCGCCGGGCUCGGCUUCAGCCCUGCCAUCCUUUUCAACGGCCAGGAGAUGGAGCCCACCAAGCCUCUGCGAUUCAAGAAGCCCAGCUCUGCAGGAGGUCGCUUGGGAGGCUCACCACAGUCGUUGUACUCUGCAGCAUCGCCUUCGCCCAUGCUGCACGCCGGUCAGUGGGGUGCCACACCCACGAUGAGUGUACGCGAGGGAGCGACGAGUCCAUCCAACGCGUUCUUUUCGCCUCUCGUCGCCGACGACACGCCAUCCAAUCAGCAAAUCGAGUUUGGCAUCGCAUCCUCGCCCAGCAUCUGCAGCACCCCCGCUGCUCCAGCAUUGACACUGAAGCAGCUUCCAGCAACGAGCCCAGAGAUGGGUGAGGCGACGCCACGACCCAACUCGAGCUCCGAUUCGGGCGCUCUCGCGGACGAGGAGGAGGAGCUGGAGCAUUUGUCCUACCGCGACAGCAUGGUCAGCGUCGCUGCUUCGACCAUCAGCAUCAUGAGCAACAGCACGUGCAUGUCGGACGCCGUAGGCGAGGAUCUCGACCUUGCCGCCGACCGCCGCGCCAAGCUGCUGGCGACAGUUCAGCAGAACGUCGCCAAGGCCAAAGCCAAGGAUGAGAAGCGCGACAGUCAGGCUGCUCAGCGCUUCCGUAAGUCGCAGAUACCGCAAUCGUCGUCGCUGCGCAACAUUCCCGAAGAGAUCUCUGGAGGAGUUCAGACCAUGGGGCUUGGCUUGUUCGAGAGUGAGGACGAGGUGGAGGACGAGGAGGAGAGGGAAAUGCUGGAAGACAGUCCAAAGAGCGCAGCUUCUCUGGGAUACGGUCGAAAGAAGCCGAACAGCCUCGUGCUCAUGCCCCAGUCGGACAGCCGUCUCAUUGAACCUCUCACGCCUCCUCUUACACCAGUGGAUGCCGUCGCAAAUCAGAAGCAGUCGAGACAUGCUCCGACCGCAUCGACGAGCUCCGCCUCUUCUGGCUUUUCGGCCUCGUCUGCCGGUUCAGUCCCACGCCGACUGCGUCCUUCGCGAGGUGGACUGACGCCGCUCGACACGAACGCCGCCAACCGCCUUUCCCCGUACGGCUCUCAACGAGACGGUGCAUCUUCCCCGUCGUCGCUCAAGUUGAGGCCACUCAGUCUGGCUGCCAGCUUGCACGGCGGAGAUGGAAGCCCCAUGAAGCGUUUCGAGCGACCGGCGUUUUCACCGGCUCUCUCUGCCAACAUCCCCAGCCCGGUUCCAGCGCACGUGCCGGGAGAUCGAUCGACGCGAUACAAUGAAGAGGGUCGCAGCUCGCGCGGCACCACCUACCGCCAAGGCGGUGUUUUGCCCACGAUCAGCUCGAAAGGUGCACUCGAGAAGGGCAGGGCUGGUCAUGCGGAGCCGUCGUUGACGCAUUCGGACAGCAGCACGUCCAUGGGCUCAAUCGCCUCGUCGCUGGGAUCGUUUUCGAGGAUGGGACAGUUCCCGAGUCCGAUCAAGUCGAACUUCGGACACAACGGGCUGGGCAAGGCGAUGGGUAUGCGGCAUACGCUGGGCUCACGAGGGAGCGACGUGUCUGACGCACAAGACCUGCCCACUUCCAUGAUGACGGGUCGUCUUGUCUACAAGACCAGCGAUUUGUCCGUCGCUGGCAUGUGA